AUGACGAUGAAUUCCUUCUUCCGCUCCUUGGAUUGGCACCAUGAAUCUUACCCUGCUUAUCACGAUUUCUACUUUCUCCCCAUUUUCGCUCUCUUCUUCCCCUCCAUCCGCUUCUUCCUCGACCGAUUCUUGCUCCAGAAACUCGGUACACGAUUGAUUUUCGGAAAGUGGAAUGAGACGCUCGACCUCCACACCGAUGAAAGAAGAAAAAAAAUUAGGAAAUUUAAGGAAUCUGCUUGGAAAUGUGUUUACUAUCUUUCCGCUGAGGUUCUCGCUUUGUAUGUAACGUAUGAUGAACCCUGGUUUACCAAUACAAGAAACUUUUGGGUGGGGCCAGGGUCCCAAGUCUGGCCAGAUCAAAAGACCAAGUUGAAAUUGAAGGCGGUGUAUAUGUAUGCUGCUGGGUUUUACACAUACUCCAUUUUUGCUUUAAUAUUUUGGGAAACCAGGCGCUCUGACUUUGGGGUGUCCAUGAGUCACCAUGUUGCUAGCGUAAUUCUCAUUGUGCUGUCUUACAUUUUUAGGUUUGCUCGUGUUGGAUCAGUUGUUUUAGCACUUCACGAUGCCAGCGAUGUGUUUCUGGAGAUAGGGAAAAUGUCCAAGUACAGUGGUGCUGAAACAAUGGCCAGUUUUGCUUUUAUUCUAUUUGUUUUAUCCUGGAUCAUAUUGCGCCUCAUUUACUACCCAUUCUGGAUUCUUUGGAGUACCAGUUAUGAAGUUCUGCUCACCUUGGAUAAGGAAAAGCACCGAGUGGAUGGUCCAAUAUAUUAUUAUCUGUUCAAUAGUCUUCUGUACUGCUUGCUUGUUAUGCAUAUUUAUUGGUGGGUGUUGAUAUUUCGGAUGCUCAUUAAACAAAUCCAAGCAAGAGGGAAAGUUAGUGAAGAUGUUCGCUCUGGUAAGUUGAAGAUGUGUUGUGUGCAGGAUGUAAACUUUUCAUUAACUGGGCAACCUUGUGAAAAAUUUGUUCCCCGUGCCAUGCCUAGUAUCUGCAUUUAA